CAGAGCCAACUUGCAUUCUGAGAGACUGAGAAUCUUUGAGCUGAAGAGGACUUUGAGAAUGUCGAUUGUCCCUACAAAACGCACAGUAAGAACAAGGGGGAAAGAUGAUCUGUUAAUAGUGGUAAAAUGCAGCAAAGGCCACAACAGCCCAGAACCUCCUGAUGGAGGGUGGGGAUGGAUGAUUGUGCUUCACUUUUUUCUGGUAAACGUGUCUGUAAUGGGAACCAUGAAGAACUUUGCAAUUUUCUUUGUGGCCUUUCAAGAAAACGUUGGUGGCUCUUCUGAACACAUUGGUUGGAUUGGCUCUAUUAUGAGUUCUCUUCGAUUCUUAGCAGCUCCACUGGUAACCACAGUAUGUGAAAUGCUAGGCGAUCGGCAAACAUCACUGAUUGGGGCAUGCCUGUUUGGUACUAGUUGUCUUAUCAGCACAGUGGCCACUAACAUCUCCUUCCUUUGUGUGUCUAUGGGAUUUCUAUCAGGACUCAGUUUUGCUUGCUUGUACCAGGUGGGAGCUGUAAUGAUUGUCAAGUACUUCAAGAAGCGGCUGGCUUUAGCCAAUGCAAUUAGUCGGUCAGGAAUGGGACUGUGUGUUCUCCUGGCACCUUUUGUUCAAUUCCUGAUAGAAAGUUAUGGUUGGCAAGGUUCUCUACUGAUAUAUGGUGGCAUGAUGUUGAACCUUGUACCUUCAAGCAUGCUACUAUGGCCAGUUCACAUGAAGAGAAUCAAAGACGUAGGUACUAGAAAUGACAGCAUCCAAAUACCUACACACUGUACAUUUCCAGAAACUUUUGAAGACCUUCAAGAUGAAAUCUGGACAACAACAAUAGACAAAAUGGAUCCUGCCAUUCAAGAAUGUGCUGACACAAGUAACUCACAUAUGGGUGAAGAACAACUGCCAGCCCCAGUAAACCAUAAGUGUUCUGAAGCACCACAGCAAGACAACCUUCUGAGUAAUGAUGCAAACAACCAGGCCAGUAAUCAAAGCUACCUGUCAUCCCCAAAAGAAGGAGAUUCCAAACCUUUUCCCUGCAAGCCACGACAUCUUGAUUUCUCCCAGCUGAAAAACCCUUUCUUCUAUAUUUUCACUUGGUCUUUUCUCUUCAGUCAGCUAGCCUACUUUGUUCCCACCUUUCACCUUGCAGCCAGAGCCAAAACAUUGGGCAUAGACCCAAUGGAUGCUGCUUACAUCAUUUCAGUGGCUGGAGUAACAGAGACAGUCUGCCUAUUGUUCUCUGGUUGGAUUGCUGAUCAGAACUGGAUUAAGAAGUAUCAUUACCAAAAGACAUACCUCAUUCUUUGUGGUGUCACUAACCUGCUGGGUCCUCUAGCCACAACCUUCCCAAUGCUGAUGAUCUAUGCUGUAGUCUUUGCUGUUUUCAGCGGUGGAUACUUGGCUCUGUUGCUUCCUGUAUUGGUAGAUCUUGUAGGUGCCCCAAACUUCCACAGUGCUUUGGGACUCUCUUCAUUCAUUGCUGGGUUUGGAGUCAUCGCUGGUCCUCCCAUUGCAGGUUGGCUGUAUGAUUACACCCAGACAUACGCCUGCUCCUUCAUUUUUGCUGGCAUCUGUUUCCUUGUUUCUCCCAUUUCAUUCUUCUUCGAGCCUUUAGUCCAAAAAUGGAGGCAGGAGAAAGAGUUUGAACUGACUACUUAAGCAGGCAAAGUUCUUCGCCAAUGGGAAAAAGCUAAAUCUAGUCAAGAUUCUAAUACAAUGUACUAGCUUGUCCAUUAUGGAAAAAAAGAAUUAAAGAACUUUUACCCAACAAGAUACUUUCCUGAAAUAAUUGUCUCAGCAUGAAAAUAACCUAUGCUUCAAACCAAAAUAAUUCUGUUUCUGAACUUUUGACUGGGACUAGGCACCCCUCUCCAUACCUUGACUGUGGUGAGUCUCAGUGUGAAGCUUGUGUACUCUUCAAUACAGUGAUAUGCAAGCAGUAAGCCUUACAAACAAGGCACUUCACUCCCAAAUAUUGAGAGCUGCUUGAUUUUGCUGUCCAAAAAUAAGAACAACCAACUCACCUUUGAAGAUCCCGGCUCUGUACUUGGAAGUCUGACAUCAUUUAAAAAGUAAACAGGAAGCCAGUGGAGGAAACACUAGUGAAGAAGAUGGAAAAAAUUUAAAUUUCAAAGAAAAAAAUCAACUACACUUAAUGGGUAAUCUGCCAAGUACAAAUCUAUUGAGAAUGAAAAUAGAAGAUAAACACUGCUGACUCAAGUCAUAUAGCUUCCUAGAAGGAACUUAAAAGGACAUGAACUUUCCCAUGUUAUUAAUAUUUUAGCGCACUGAGUCUUUUCACUGCAAAGCAAAGGAUAUUGGUUAAUAUGAAAAAAAAUGUGAGUAGAGGAAUACAGACAUCUGUGAAUAAACCUGCUUGUAAAUGGAUGCAAGGUGCUCAUACUUAAAGGAAAUCCCACUCCUUGACUAAAUAGAUUGUGCAAAAGCAAAGCUGGAAAACAGUAUCAAUCAGCACAUGACUUUUUAUAUCCUACAGGGUUGCUCACAUACAAUGAAUAGGCUUACAUGUGAACACAUUUAAUCAUUCAUGUAGUUCGUGUUACAAAACUGGUAUUAUGCCUGCAUGAAGUCAUGUAAGCUUUUCUUUCUUUCCCCCCCAAACCAAAGGUGAUUGGUACACAUGCCAAUCACCUCUUCCUUACAAAUGUAGCAACUGAGACAAUCCUGAGAUAGUCAUGUGAUUACCACAUGAUGAGGCAGGGUAUUUCCUACUCAGGAAAUAAGUAUCUUCAGUUUAGAAAACCAGGAAUUUGAUAAGUAGCCCAUUCU